ACGCAAACAAGUCCUUUGAACUUCUGUAAUGAGAGUUCUUCCAACAGAGUCAUGCACCUGAGCGUCAGUGGAUUAGGACGUGUAUAUCCAUCCAGGUCUUGUGCUGGCUGUCGCGCGCGUUCUUUUGCAACUUCGCAUCCGAGGCGCUCUGCUACCAUCCAUGCUAAACAUGCUCAGUCGCUAAAUGAAAGCACGAAUGCGCUAGUCAGCUUCUCAGCUAAAAAUCAUAAUCCUAAUCCUCAUGGACCUUUGAGUAAUCUUACAGUCGCAGUCAAGGAUAAUAUAUGCACAAUGCACCUACCAACGACAUGCUCGUCAGGCAUGCUUCGCCACUUCACUUCACCAUUUGACGCGACGGCGGUGGAGCUUCUGAAGGCGGGCGGCGCGAAUAUUAUUGGGAAGGCUAACUGCGAUGAAUUUGGAAUGGGGUCCCUGAAUGUGAAUGGCAUCCAUGGCCCUGUGGUAAAUCCGUAUCGUUCUCCAAAUGAGAGAUCCAUACCUUGGGCCGAGCGCGAACGAAGAUCGGCGGGUGGAAGCUCGGGUGGAAGUGCUGCAGCUGUUGCAGCUGGUAUGUGUGACGCCGCACUAGGUACAGAUACAGGUGGCUCUGUUCGUCUUCCCGCGUCAUACUGCGGUAUAACGGGCUUGAAACCCUCGUAUGGCCUCAUUAGCAGAUGGGGCGUGGUGUCUUUUGCUGAUAGUCUUGACUGCGUCGGUGUGCUUGGCAAGUCCGUCGACACAGUGAAGACCGUAUUUGGUGAACAUGGCAGCAAUGAGCGAAAUCAGCUGUUAUCAACUCUGGAUUCGGACUUGUCUGACCCUGACCUCUCGUCACUUCGGAUUGGGAUACCACAGGAAUAUUUCCCUUCUGAACUUAACACUACUAUCGUGACUGCAGUUCGCAAGGUUCUAGAGCGACUGUCGUCUCUUGGCGCUCAAUUGAUUCCUGUCUCUCUUCCAUCGACGCCAUAUGCAUUAAGUGCAUACUACGUCAUAGCAAGCGCAGAGGCGUCAAGCAAUUUAGCGCGAUACGACGGGGUUCAAUAUGAUAAAUCCAAACCAGGUAAUGUGUACGCACAUACGCGCUCGGCAGGUUUUGGAGCGGAGGUGCAGAAACGCAUCCUCCUUGGCACCUAUGCACUCACAGCUGAACCGACUUCGACUCUGCUUUUCGCGUGCCCCAAUGCUCAACUAUCCAAUCCCUUGCCAAAUCCCGAUGGUGUGGAUCUUCUUUUGCAUCCUUCUGCGAUUCGUACCGCACCUCGACUAGACUCAGAUGCAGCCUCUGGUCUGGGUCCAUAUCUGCAGGACGUUAUGACUGUUCCCGCUUCUCUGGCCGGCUUACCAGCAGUGAGUAUCCCUGCCGGGUUAGCCGCCGACGGUUGGCCUAUUGGUGUCAGCGUUGUUGGACAGUGGGGUUCUGACGAACUAGUGAUCGAACGGACAUCAUGAUGAAGAUGAAGAUUAUUUCGAUUUCUGGCUAAUAGCUGAUGUAGUUAGUGGGCUUGAUGCUGCGUCGAUGAUCAGGAUUUAGCUUGUCAAUCCAGGCGCGUUUCGAUUAGAACAAACGAAAUUAAGUGCCCGUGGUUAUACACGGCAGCAAGACAGUAAGCUUAGGCUUAAGCAUAGAUAGAAUACAAAAACAAGGAGAGGGUGUAUGCACGUUGCUAUAGUUAGGAUCAUGAGCGGCGAGCAGCAAAGGCGUGGCAUCUAUGAUUGCAUC